UAGAGCUGCAGACAACCUCAUAGCCCGCUGGUCUUACUUACCACAGUUUCCAGCGCGAAGGUCCAUAAAACCAUCACUCCGACGCUUUUCCUCCCACCGAAGGCCGCUCCUUGACAGCAAGGUAUUCCGUCAACCCACAAUGUUGAGCGCUUUAAGAACAACACUCCCGAGGUCCGCCCUCAGGGCGUCUCGGCUGGCGUCAGUCUCACCUUCUCUCACGAUACGAGCAUUCCCGCGCGGUUCUGCCGCACUUGUGAGGGCCAAUGCGAGAAACGAAACCGUGGCUGCUUUUUCGACUACUCGACCCUCUCUUGGCAGCAAGAAGGAUAAGAAGGAACGAAAAGAUGAGGAGGAUAGUGCAAGCGACUUGCCACCGCACGUCGCCACCGUCGGCAAAUACAAGCGCCACGUCCUGGUCAACUCUCGUGCGAACCCUUGGAUAUCGAAGAUCAACGAACAGGAUGAAUACUACGCAGCUCUACAAUCAGCUUUGACAGACUAUGGGGCGAGUAGUAUCGUUUCCCCUGAUGUUGACCCGGUAUCGGACGACAGCUCCCGGUCUCUUCUGAUCCUACCGGACGGCAUUCGCAUUCCGUCAGUAUCCGUGUCGGAUUUCCCCAAAGUCGCUAAGCUCUUCUCCGAGCCCGCAGGCUCGAAGAGCAGCAUCGCCUUCGAGAAGGAUCCCCACAAACUUCAUAUAUUGGUUUGCAUCCAUGGUGCACGAGACUGUCGGUGCGGAGAUAAGGGAUUACCACUGUAUGACAGCUUGAAGAAGGAAGUGGCAAAGAGGGGUCUCUCCGACACCGUUAAGGUCUACGGUGUGUCACAUAUCGGUGGCCACAAACACGCAGGGAACGCCGUGGUUUACCCCGCCGGAAAUUGGUACGGCCUUCUCGAAAAGGAAGACGCAGGGAAGUUGCUGGACUCAGCGUUGGAGAACAAAGUACUCUGGGACAAGUGGAGGGGACGAUUGGGCUUGACCAAAGAAGAGCAGGAGGGCAUAUACAGAACGGAGAUUUCGAAGUCGAGCGCGGGAGCCGAGUCUCAGCCGAACCCUGCGGCAAGCCAGGAAACGAUCUCUCUGACGUAUAUCCUACCGGACAAUGCUACGGAGACUUUCGAGGUGCCAGUUGGAGCGAGAUUGAUGGAAAUUGGCAGGGACAACGACCUACCGUCCCUUGAAGGCACAUGCGGAGGCAACUUGGAGUGUGCGACCUGCCAUGUUAUUGUGGACCCGGCUUACCAAAACAAGCUUCCACCCGUGACAGAGGAGGAGGAAGACAUGCUAGAGUAUGCUGUUGGUCGGACGGAUGGAUCUCGCCUCGCCUGCCAGUUGAAGGCAACGCGAGAUCUCCAUGGCGUGCGAUUGAUGAUCCCUACAGCUGUACCUCGGAAGUUUCCCAGUAUGAGUGAUUUCCGGGAUGCAUGGCAACCGAACGCCGCCGGCCAGCGACAACAACAAUCGGGAUUCCACUCGUUUGCCCGAAGCAAUUCCUUACGUUCCCCAUCGACAGCAACAUCAGCAACCCGCAUAAACACCCGGUUCGCCUCCACCACCUCCGAAUCACCGCUCAACACGCCACCGCCACCGCCACCUGGCGCCCAAGAACCGCCGAAGCGCGACUUCAAAUCCCUCCUCCGCGAAUACGGCCCGAUAGCGACCAUCACCUAUCUCACCCUGUCCUUCAUGACCUUCUGCGCCUGCCUCACCUCCAUCAUGGUACUGGGAAUCGACCAGAAACAGAUCAAGACCGCGUUCAGGAAGAUCAAGGAGUUCCUGGGCUUCCACCCGGCCGACCCAGAACCCGAGCUUCGCGCGGCAGAUGCGUUGAACGACGAAACAGCGAAGGAACCGACGUGGUGGGAACGGCACAUGCCCGAGUGGCUGAAGAACCCAGCCACUCACGCCAUGUUGACCAACAUACUGUUGGCAAUGGCGAUGACGAAAAUGUUUCUGCCCAUCAAGUUGGGCAUCACUGCGGCCAUAGUGCCCACUGUGGCAAAGAAGUUAAGGAGCAUGGGCUUCAAUCUGGGCACUAAGGGCGGUUAUAAGACCGCGGCACAGAAAGUCAAAGAGGAUGUGAGAGCGCAGGCGCACAAAGCUAAGCGUAGGUUGGAUGAUUAGAUUUAGAAGCGUUUCGCUACGUGUAGAAGGGUAUGGGAUUCGUCCCAGGCAUUACGGUUUAUGAGGGUCUCUAGCAUCUGUAAUUCUAGUCUUUACUAGUGCUCUUCUUGUACAAAUCA